UCUCAUUACCCUUUUUGUUAAUCCAAAACAUAAAAAGAGAAAAAGAUGUUAUUUCAAUUAAGUUUAUCUUUUAACAAGCAAGAAUUCAAUUGUAUAUUUACUCAAAACAAAAACAGACCAAGAAAACUUUACAUUUCACCUCCCAAUUGUUAAAAAUAAAAACAAAGAAUAAUUCCAACCUUUAUAGCAAAGAUGGGAACAUGUGGGUCAAAAAGGAUAAUUUACCCUCUUAAAGUAAUGGAGAAUUACUUUAGCAUCAUCUUAGUUUCAUGAUUAAUCCUCCUACUACACCAACAGCAGUACUCUUAGGCUGAUCAAUCCUUCAAAUGCAGCAAGUACUCCAACUACAACUUAUUCCCACUAGGCUAGGCAUGUGAUACCAACCAAAAAUCUGUUUAGCAGUUGCUUUCUUUCUUUAAUUAGGAUAUUUAUUUAAUGUCAAAAAGGCUUUUGGACCCUUUUGAUAUGCUUUCCCUAUUAACCAUACUUUCAAAAGCAUGCCACCUAACAAUACCCUAUCAUAGAAAUUAUUAAAGGCUUACUUCAUGUAAUGUCACCACAAACUCAAAUUAACAAUAUAAAAAAGAAAGGAAAAAAAAAAUGUCCCCUUGCCCUUCCUUUACUUGUUCUUGCAACCAACCCUAACCUAAUAGGUUAAUCAUAUGUUUAUUCUUUUAAACUCGAGACAUAAUCAUGUUUUAAAAUGACCCCAUUUGCCAAUUGUGCAUAAAUGAUUAAUUUUUUUGAUUAAAUCUCAUACAUGAUAAUCUUUUUCCUUCAAAGCCCCAUCUUCAUAUCAUAUACUUGGAGGAUAUGAAGAAGCAGAAGCUUCAACAAAGAGGAUGCAAGGCCUUGUGUUGCAGUAGUUGCAGCAGGCUUAGUGUCUCUUCUUCUGAGGAAGCUGAGAGCUCCGCUUCCAACCAUCGUUACGCAUCCAUUUCAAGUCUUGCACAUGCCAUGGUCCAAGAAAGACUGGAUCAAAUGAUUAAAGAAAGGCCGCAACAAGAAACAAGAUACCAUAAAGAAAGAAGAAGAGCAAGAAGUAAUGAAGGAAUCAAGUUUGUAGUAAUGGUAGCAAUGGAGAAGAGUUCCCAUGAUCCAAGACAAGAUUUUAGAGAAUCAAUGGUUGAAAUGAUCAUGGCAAACAGGUUAGAAGAACCUAAACAACUUCGUAGCCUCUUGAAUUAUUACAUGUCAAUGAAUGCUCAAGUUUAUCAUGGAAUUAUACUUGAGGUUUUCCAUGAGGUUUGCUCUGAUUUGUUCUUCUGUUGUAAAUGCCAUUAAUAAUAUAUUUACAUAACCAAUUUGAAAGGGUUUAUUAGAUUCAUAUUACUCUUGACCAAUAUGCAUGCAUGUAAUGGAAGUAACUUCAAGCAUACCCAAGUGAGAAA